UCAAUCAUAUGAUUGUUGUUUGUGUUUGAAUGGCACGUCUAGGUUUUUGGAAAUAGUUUUUCGAAAUGGCUUUGACUCUUAAACAGUUACUUUUAUGUAUUGGAAUGUUGAUUACAGGUUCUAUUAACACUCUAAGCAAAAAGGCUCAAAAUGAUUGCAGUGCAGCUGGUUAUCCUGAUUCAAAAACCAAUUCAACAACAACAGUACAUAAAUUUGAUCAUCCAUGGUUUCAAACAGUUAUUAUGUUUAUAGGAGAAAUGUCUUGCCUUAUAGGCUUAUAUUAUUUAAGAUGGAAAGAAAGAAAAACUAGAAUUCAAGAGUAUCAUAACAGAUUAAUGGUGACUCCAGGUUCUUCACUUCCUUCAGCAAAAGCAGUUGUUAUUAAUCAAGAACAUGUAUUUCAUUGGAUAUUUGCCAUUCCUACAUUCCUAGAUUUGAUUGGAACUUCUGUUGCAGGUAUUGGACUGCUAUAUGUUGAUGCAUCUAUUUGGCAGAUGCUACGUGGAUCACUUGUUAUAUUUACAGGCUUGCUGUCCAAAAUUUUUUUGAAGAAAAAUUUAAAAGGAUUACAGUGGUUAGGUAUGACAACCACAGUAAUAGGCUUGAUUCUUGUCGGUUUAUCAGGUGUUUUAAAACAUUCUGCACAUCAAAAUCACAAAAUUGUUCUGGGAAUAAUACUCAUAAUAGUUGGGCAAGUUUUUAGUGCUAUUCAGAUGAUAGUUGAAGAAAUAUUCUUAAAAAGUAGGAAUUUUCAUCCACUUCAGGUAGUUGGAAUGGAAGGAUUUUAUGGAUUUAUUAUAACAAGUUUGGUUGUUUUGCCUAUAUUAUACUUUAUACCUGGGAAUCAAGUUGGUGGAGUUUAUGAAAAUAGUAUUGAUGCAUUAUAUCAAAUUGGAAAUAAUAUGGAAUUACUUAUAUUCUCUUUGUUAUAUUUAAUAUCAAUUGCAUUUUAUAAUUAUUUUGGGUUAUCAGUAACAAAGAAUUUAACAGCUGUCCAUAGAACAUUAAUUGAUGCUUGUCGAACAAUUGUUAUUUGGAUUUGUGGUUUAAUAAUUUACUAUUUCUUUGAUAAGAGUUUUGGUGAACCUUUUGAUAAAAGAUAUGGAAUUUUUCAAGUGGAUGGCUUUCUGUUUUUAAUUAUGGGUACAGCUUUUUACAAUGAAAUUAUUGACUUUCCUUUUAUUCCACAACUUCGGAAAACACCUGUAGAAUCUUACCCCAGUCUGGUAGAUUCUGGUAUUACUUCAGUAAGAGGAGUUAAUCAUAAUGAUGAUGAAUCAGCACCUCUAUUAGAUGAUUCAUAUUCCUCUAUUCAAAAUGAUUAACAUAGUUAGUUUAAUAAAAUAAAUUACAUAAAU